AAUAAGCUCUGGCUUCACUGUCUGUAGAAGUUCCUUCUUGUGAACACUGUCAUCUAAUUUCUUUCAGAUUUCCAGAGGCUCCAGAAAGAUGUCUUACCAACAGCAGCAGUGCAAGCAGCCCUGCCAACCACCUCCUGUGGUGUGCCCACCUAAGUGCCCUGAACCAUGUCCACCUCCAAAGUGCCCAGAGCCAUGUCCACCUCCAAAGUGCCCAGAGCCAUGUCCACCCCCAAAAUGCCCACCUCAGCCAUGUCAGCAGAAAUGCCCUCCUACGCAGAUAUACCAACCCUGCCAGCAGAAGUGUCCUCCUAAGAGCAAGUAACAGCUUCAGGAUUCAUCAGGAACA